GCCGGAGCGAGAGCGCAGCAGCUGACCCAGCGGAGCCCGGCUCCCAGGACGCCAGCCCUCGACCACCGCUCGCACUCCGGCCACGGAACGGAGCCAAGGCGGACGGGGCCCGGUCUUCCCCCUGUCCCGACCCUCCUCUCCACCUUCCGCCGUCGUGACACCGGCUGUCUCUGGCAGCCCGUUGGUCAUGAAAACCCUCACGUGGCCGGCAUCCGUCCUCUUCUGCUUCCUUCUACUGAUCCAGGGGUUGGGAGCAGCGCCCCCCGGGCGCUCCGAUGCUUAUCCUCCUCCCCUCGGCUCUGAGCAUAAAGAGCAGGUAGCUGAGGACGCAGUGUCCCGGCCAAAGGAUGGCAGCGCCCCAGAGGUCCGAGCCGCUCGGAAUUCCGAGCCUCAGGACCAGGGAGAGCUCUUCCAGGGCGUGGAUCCCCGGGCGCUGGCCGCGGUACUGUUGCAGGCACUGGACCGUCCGGCCUCGCCCCCGGAGGUCCCAGGAGGUUCCCAGCAGGGAGCACCCGAAGAAGCAGCAGAAGCUCUGUUAACCGAGUCCGUGCGCAGUCAGACCCAUAGCCUCCCGGCACCAGAGAUCCAAGCGCCCGCUGCGGCCCCCCCUCGCCCUCAGACUCAGGACAACGAUCCCGAGGCCGACGACCGCUCAGAGGAGCUGGAGGCGCUAGCGUCCUUGCUCCAAGAACUUCGAGAUUUCAGUCCGAGCAACGCUAAGCGCCAGCAAGAGACGGCCGCAGCAGAGACGGAAACCCGCACGCACACGCUGACCCGAGUCAAUCUGGAGAGCCCCGGGCCAGAGCGCGUAUGGCGCGCUUCCUGGGGAGAGUUCCAGGCGCGCGUCCCGGAGCGCGCUCCUCUGCCACCCCCUGUCCCUUCGCAAUUCCAGGUUCGAAUGCCCGAAAGCGCUCCCCUUCCCGAAACCCAUCAGUUCGGGGAAGGAGUGACCUCCCCUAAAACACAUCUAGGUGAGACUCUGACACCUUUAUCCAAGGCGUACCAAAGCCUAGGUGGCCCCUUCCCCAAGGUGCGCCGCCUCGAGGGCUCACUCCUGGGCGGCUCUGAGGCUGGAGAGCGCCUGCUUCAACAAGGGCUGGCUCAGGUAGAGGCGGGGAGGAGACAGGCGGAGGCCACCCGGCAGGCCGCGGCGCAAGAAGAGCGGCUGGCCGACCUCGCCUCCGACCUGCUGCUCCAGUAUCUGCUGCAGGGCGGAGCCCGGCAGCGCGAUCUCGGGGGUCGCGGGCUGCAGGAGACGCAGCAAGAGCGGGAGAGCGAGAGGGAGGAGGAGGCGGAGCAGGAGAGACGCGGUGGUGGGGAGGACGAGAUGGGGGAAGAGGAUGAGGAGGCGGCGGAGGCGGAGGCGGAGGCAGAGGAGGCGGAGAGGGCGCGGCAGAACGCGCUCCUGUUCGCCGAGGAGGAGGAGGACGGGGAAGCCGGAGCCGAGGACAAGCGCUCCCAGGAGGAGGCGCCAGGCCAUCGGCGGAAGGAUGCUGAGGGGGCAGAGGAGGGCGGGGAAGAGGACGACGACGACGAGGAGAUGGAUCCGCAGACCAUCGAUAGCCUCAUUGAACUGUCCACCAAACUCCACCUGCCAGCCGACGACGUGGUCAGCAUCAUCGAAGAGGUGGAGGAGAAACGGAAGCGGAAGAAGAACGCCCCUCCCGAGCCGGUGCCGCCCCCCCGGGCCGCCCCAGCCCCCACUCAUGUCCGCUCCCCGCAGCCCCCACCGCCAGCCCCGGCCCGGGAUGAGUUGCCGGACUGGAACGAAGUGCUCCCACCCUGGGAUCGGGAGGAGGAUGAGGUGUUUCCCCCGGGGCCCUACCACCCCUUCCCCAACUACAUUCGGCCGCGGACACUGCAGCCACCCGCGUCCUCCCGCCGCCGUCACUUCCACCACGCGCUGCCACCUGCGCGCCACCAUCCCGACCUGGAGGCCCAGGCCCGGCGCGCGCAGGAGGAGGCGGACGCGGAGGAGCGCCGGCUGCAGGAGCAGGAGGAGCUGGAGAAUUACAUUGAGCACGUGCUGCUGCGCCGCCCGUGACCCGCCCCGGCCCCGCCCCCGCGCGCCCGCCCCAGGCUGGGCGCGCCACCACGCCCCCCCUCCGUGUCGCUCCUCCUCCCUCUCGGUGUUUGCAUGCGCCCCGGCUCCGCCCCUCGGCUGCCGCCCGGCCCCGCCCCACGUGACCCCGCCCCGAGCUCUGCCGGGACCGGACCUGUCAGACUUGCCCCGGGUCUGCAGUCCAGAACUCCCCAAACUCACGGGCGAUCCCGGGGCCAUCCCAGGCGGGUGGGUGUUUUGUGCGAGUCCCCUUACACCCCCACUUCCUCCAGGGGCCUCGUCCCCAUCUAGUAUCUCCUGAGACUUCCCGAUCCCCAGCGGGAAAAUCUGUUCUAAUUAAUCGUGUGAAGUGUCUUGUCUCCCAGCCGUGGGGCCCCCGGAGCCUCCCCCUUCUCCAAAUCGCUGUGAACUUACCCACUUCCUGCCCUUCUCUGUUGUAAAUACCCCUCACGGAGGAAAUAGUUUUGCUAAGAAAUAAAAGUGACUAUUUUAUUAGGA